UAAGAAUGUUGACUCCACAAAGUUUCUAUGAAAUGUAGAGAUGUCGUCUUUUCAUUUGUUUUGACCAAAUGGUCACAAGAGUAUAUAAAAAGUGCUAUAUGGGAAUGUCGAUGUUAUUUACCUCGAAACAAUAAUAAGUUGACUCGCAUUUCAAUCAGAUUCUUGUUUCGAUCACAUUUUAUUUCUUCUAUGAGUGGCACUUGUUUCGUUGCUUUUUCUUCAUAUAUUUCCAAACAGAGAAGACUUUGUAAGGCAAAGAACAUUUUUUCAUGUAGAAAAUACAAUAUAUGUACGUUUUCCUCAAGAGACUCUCCUUUAUUUAACAGAGAGGUGGUUCGGUCUAGUCCUGCUGUAAAACUGGCACAACUUUUGAUUGCUUCUAUUCCAACUUGGACAGAAUUAGAGUCCAAAGUGUCGCAGCUUCUUGGUUCGAAAGUUUAUAGUUAUCGGUUGGGUGAGUGGGAGCGACAUGAAGACUGUAGAGUGGUUAUAUUUACAGAUGAAAAUUUGUGGUGUCCAUACACAAAAAGAAUAUGCUUUCAGUUGGAAGAGAAAAGUAUUCCUUAUAGGUUUUGGUAUUUGAAUAUGUUUCAACUCCCUUCUUGGUAUAAGGAUAUCAAUCCUCGUUGCCAAGUACCAACUGCAAUAAUUGAUGGUGAGAUAGUCUACGACUCUCCUGUAAUUAUGAAAUAUAUUGAAGACAGAUUUCCUGAGACAAAACCUCUUAUGCCAGAAAGCAUGACCAAGAAAAUGAAGGAAGAUUUAUAUGACUUUGAACGCUUGGAAAGAAGGAUAUCCAAUACUUGGUUGCUUUGGUUCGAUAAGUUGUUUAGUGAAGAAGAAUCCCUGGACUCAUUUUAUUUUACUUUGGAUAGAGUCGAAGAAGCAUUGCACAUUUAUCCCGGUCCGUUUUUCUUUGGAGAGCAUUUUAGUCUUGUUGACAUAUUAUAUGCACCUUUCAUGGAUGCUAUUGCUGCAACAGCAUUGUAUUACAAGGGAAUUCCAGUGCGGAAGACUGGAGGACUAUUUCCUGCCAUAGAAGAAUGGUUCGAUGCAUUGAGUCGAAGACCAGUGUACCAAAAUAUUCGAAGUGAUGAAAUGACCAUGAUAAGAGCACUUCCUUACCAGUUUGAUCAUACCGAAAUUCUUCCUCAAGCAAAAAGAAUUGCUGAACGAAUGGAAACUGAUAUGAGAAAUAUGGACAUGAAGCAAGUGAAGAAGGAUCCAUUUGAGUCUCAAAAUAGACUUUUAGCAAGUUCCAAGUUGAUUCAUGAGCGAACUCUUAUCCUAGAAGUAUUAAGGAGUUCUCUCGGUAUACCUCAUGACUCAACUGAUUUCGUAACACUGGAUACAAUGCUCCGUUUUGUAUCCAAUGUGCUUAUUGAAGGAUAUUUCUCAAUGCAAGACUUUGUAUUGGAUAACUUAUCACUUAUUUCAAGUUCUCUGAAUUUGUUAAAAGACACCAUUCAAGUUCCUAGGGAUUUAAAGUAUCCUGCUUUUAGACAGCUCAUUGCAUACCUUAACUUUAUUAUGGACAAUUUAAAGAUGCAAGCUGAAAGUCAGGAGCUGAAUCAUCCAGUCUAAAACUAGAGUUGAAACUUUUAUAGAGUUGCUUACCAUUGCUUUGUUUUGAAAUAAACGAAUCCUCAUAAUUUCAGUUUUUUUUAAGGGCAAGUCUUUUCAACUAAUGAAGACACUCUUUUAAGGAAGAUAAAUAGAAAUUUUUUUAC